AUGGGACUGCUUGGAAAGAGCAGUCGAUCCCUAGCGCUGUGGCUGACGGAGGUGAAACUGGUCAAACCAGAUGUUAUACUCCACGAGUGCACCGUUAAAUUCAACUCAGAGUUGCUUUGGCAACAUCUGGCUGAUUAUGACAUCGUGCAUAUGAAGCUCUCUCCCGUCGAUUUUGGUUGGCCAGCUCAACGACCAAGGCUGGUUUGUCGUGAGACAGUGAGAGAGGGGGAAGUGGCAGUGGCAGUGUGUCGGCUGUUCACAGUCAUGCUGCGCAAAGAGACCGUGUCGAUCAAUGGUGGGGUCGAUCGCUUCCUGCAAAUGUUGCAAUCUUUGAUGAUGCGACCAACUGCGGACGUGGGCAUCUUCUACUGUGCCCCGCAGGAAAGCAUCGAUGCACAUCGGGCAGCCGGAGCUCUGAAGCGGUCGAAGCCAAGAAAGAGCGCUUUCAAAGAUUUGCUCGGAGGAGCCAAGCAGACGUGGUUGGAAUGCUACAGGAACUUGAAGAAGGUUCGCCAGAUUUGGGCGAAAGGCUCUCGAUAUGCUGUGUGCAAUCUAGCACAAAAUCCACGCAUCAUGCCGGUUGUGUCGGACAAGAUGCCGACGCUAUUGCGCACCGCUUCCAACAUGUGGCUCAUGGAUUUGUCUCCGCAGGAGCAGGGCCAACAAAUGCCAACGUCCAGCAAAGAUGCUCCAACCGUCGGGCUCGAGGAGAGACACCUGCUUUCCGAUGAAGCAUUGGUAUUGAUGGGAAUACCCGUAUUCCCGGAUCUUGCGGCUUCAGGGAACUUCUUUCGGUUUCCACACAGUGAGAUGAUUCCGAAAUUCUCAGACACCUGCAAAUACGAGCUUGCAGGGAACGAGUCUU